GUCUCUCUGCUUGCCUGUCUGCCUGUCUGCCUGUCUGCCUGCCUGUCUGCCUGUCUGCCUGUCUGCCUGUCCUGGAGGAUGUCCCCGGGUGUCUCCACUCUCUGCCGGCCCUCUGGCUCCUCCGGCGGAGACUCAGAUUUCUGACAGCCGAACAGAACCAGAUCCAGAACCAGAACCAGAACCAGAACCAGACUCAGACCCAGACCCAGAUCCACAACCAGACCUGGAUCUGGAUCUGUAUACCAGAUUAAAGCAGCCUAUCAGAGAGGAUUGUCUGGGUUCAGGAUGCCCUCAGAUCUGACUGCAGGACUCGUCUUCAGGGUUCUGCUUCCCCUCACUCUGACUGCAGCGUGCUUGUUGCGGUUUAAUGGAUUCUCUCUGGUCUACGUGGUCCUGCUGCUGAUGCUGCCUCUACUGCCAGACCCUUCCUCCUCCUCUUCAUCAUCAGGUAACGUGUGUCGCUGUGUGAUGGUCGUCUGUGUCUCCAGUUUCCUCUUCCUGUUGCUGCAGUCCUUCUUCCAGAUGACCACGGCCACCCUGCAGCCAGAGUCCAACUGUACGUCUUGGCAGAAAGCUCUCGGUCAGCUCGGCCUGGUGAGUCUGACAGGAAGUGAUGCCGGCUCAGCAGUGAGACAGAUCUUUCCAGAUGUUGGCGUGCUCGUCAUCGGUGUGCUGACCUGGAGGCUGAUCGUAAGACUGAACGCUGACACACACACACAGCCUCAGCAGGAGCAGCAGGACCGGGAGGAGGAUCUGAUGUCUGAGGAGGACUCUGUCCUCGGAGACGAGGAGGAGGAAGAGGAAGAAGUCCCCAGAAACAAGUUUCUGGUUGAACUGGAGUUACUGGUCGGUAAAACCAGGCAGAUGGUGAAAACCAUGACAACGACUGGAGGGAAAAUCGUGCUGACAGUUCUACUGGGACUGACAGGCAUCAUGUUCCCCUCCCUCUCCUCUCUCCCCUACCUGCUUUGUUUUCAGGUGUUGUGUACCUGGUGGGCAUGGUCCGGCCAGGUCCCGUCCCUCCUCUUUAGGUGUGUAUCUGUGAUGUCACUGCCCUACUCCGCCUCCCACUUCCUGCUCCUCUACAGCUACCAGCUGCCCUCGCUGCAGGAGGCGUGGCCUCCCAACCGCACCUCUGCCAGAGUAUUUGGGAUGAUCCAGGCUGGCUCUGUGGACUGCUCGGCCCCCUGGAGGCUGCAGGUGAACUCUGAGCUCAGCUGGUUUCACUUCUGCAGUCCUCUGAUGCUGCUGCUGCUCUACAACACCGUGGCCAGUCUGUGGAGGAACCAGCUGAUCGACGGUGAUGGGGGGCGGGGUGUAGAUAGGACAGAGUCAGCGAUCAGCAGGAGCUGUGACAUCAUCACCGCCACCAGCAACCUGAGUGAUGAUGUCAGCGGUGACAUCACAGCGGAGAGACGGAGAGAGCUGUGGAGGAGAGCACACAAUCGUCCCGAGAGCAGAGACACGCUGGCGUCCUCCACCAAUCACAGUCCCUCUGACUCUUUUGCCCCACCCACCCAGAGCACAGCCCUGGGAUUGGAUGUUUACUCCACGCCUCACUACUCUCUCAGCCAAUCAGACACUUUGGAGACGUGUGAGUUUGAAGAUGAAUGGGAGGAGGUGGAGGAGGAGGAGGAGGAGGAGGAGGAGAGGAGGGAGGAGGAGGAGGAGGAGGAGGAGGAAGGGGCUGGCGCUGCCACUCUGGCAUUCAGCUUCCUCCUCAAACAGAGUUACAUCUGCGCUCUUGUGGCCAUGAUGGCCUGGCCCAUCACGUACGUGUCCUGGCUGACGUGCGUCCUGCUGCUGUGGUCGUGCAUCCUCUGGAUGAUGCGAGAGCGUCGCUGCUACACGCUGAUGUCAUCACCCUGGCUGGUCGCCUACGGCAACCUGCUCAUAGUCAUGCAGUAUGUCUACAGCUUCCCCUCCGUCCAGGAAGUUCCUGGACUGUUCCCGAAAAAAGACGAUCCCUGCAGAGAGCUCGCCUCAAAGUUGUUGUGUCUGGUGACCUUCUGGCUGCUGCUGCGUCAGGCGGUAACUGAGAAGAGAGACCGACAGAAAGAUACACAGCUGUCCACCAUCACCGUCCACACACAAGAGGAGCAGAGUGUUUGUGACGAUCUGCAGGAGAAGAAGAAGAAGGAGGAGGAGGUGUCGUACGAGGAGGUGCUGCUCCUACAGAGAAGAGGAGGACUUAAGAUGGAGGCUCUUGUUGCUGUGGUUACCAGGAUGUUUGUUAAAUACUGGAUCUAUGUCUGCGGAACAAUGUUCUUCUUCGUUAGUUUUGAAGGACAAAUCGUCGUCUACAAAGUGAUCUACAUGGUGAUGUUCCUGUGCUGCGUCGCCCUCUACCAGUUGAACUACGAGCGUUGGCGUGCCAUGCUCAGGGGUUUCUGGGUAGCAGUGGUGGUUUACUCCAUGUUGGUUCUGAUCCUGGUCUACACCUUCCAGUUCCCCUCGUCCCCCGACACCUGGAGCUAUUACACUGGACUCAGCACUCACAGGUUGGAGGACAUCGGGUUGGAGAAGUUUUCUGUUCCUGUUCUCUUCACCAGGAUCUUCAUCCCUGCUGCCUUCCUCUUGGUGUGUGUCGUACACCUGCAUUACUUCCACCAGCCGUUUUUGCAGCUGACCGAUCUGAAGACUGUGGUGGACACACACAACAGCACCAUCACCAGGUUGGUCCACUCUGAUGGCAGCCUGUUCGACCUGUCGCUGGGCGGAGCUCCUCCACUCCUCCUGGAGGAGGAGAAGGGAGGAGAACAGAUGGAGACAGAGACACAGGAGGAGGAGGAGGAGGAGGAGGAGGAGGAGAAGAAGAGAGAACAGAGGGAGAAAGAGGAGGAGACCCAAGAGGAGGAAACACAGGAGGAGGAGGAGGAGGAGAACCCCUGCAUGUUGGAGAGGGAGACCCUGUCUGACCACAUCAGAGGGCUGGUGUCUUGGCGGUUGGUGGUGGACCGUCUCUCGGUUCUGUCCCUGCGUGUCCUCGUCUCCCUGCAGCGCCUCCAGUUCGUCCUCUGGUGGAUCCUGGAACUGCACAUCGUCAAGAUUGUCUUCUCGUACAUCAUCUGGGUCUGUGUGAAGGAGGUGUGUGUGUUGAACCUGCUGUUCGUGCUGUGCGUUGCCGUGGCGUUGCCCUGCAGGUCGUGGCGCCCCUUGCUGUCAGGAGUCUGUACUGUUUGGACCUGUGUGCUGACCGUCUGUAAGAUGUUGUACCAACUCAACGUUGUCCAGCCAAUCAGAUACUCCGCCAACUGCACAAUGCCAGGUAACUCCAGUACUGACCUGUCUGGCUCUGGACUGUACUCUGGUCCCAUUGACCCCGCCCAGUGGGUGGGGCUUCGGAAAACGGACGGGAAACUGCUCGACUACCUGCGGUCCAACCUGACGAUACUAGCGCUGUUAGCCUUCGAGGUAACCGUCUACAGACACCAGGAGCUUUACCGUCUCCGCCGUAAUGAAGUCCCGCCCCCUACCAGAACGCUGUUUCAUGACAUCACCAGGCGUCACCUGGACGACGGUGUGCUGAGCUGCUUUAAGUACUUCCUCAACUACUUCUUCUACAAGUUUGGACUAGAGACCUGCUUCCUGUUGGCUGUGAACGUGAUUGGUCAGCGGAUGGAUUUGUUUGCUGUAGGCCACGCCUUCGGCCUCAUCAGCGUCCUAUCACAGCGCGACAGGAAGCACAUCGCUGCUGUGUGGCACAAGUACUGCUACUUCCUGUCGGGGCUGUUGUGUUUCCAGUACCUGCUGUGUAUCGGAUUCCCUCCGGCUGCCUGUAAAGAUUAUCCGUGGAGACCUCCCAAUUCCAACAUGGACUCCAACGUGGUGAAGUGGCUCUUCCUCCCUGAUUACAUGACCCCCCCGAACCCACUCUUCCUCCUCUGUAAGAGCAUCACAAACAUUUAUCUGUCUUACUUGGACAUGAUGAAGUUGAUAAUCUUCAGCUACAUGUUCUGGUUCGUCCUCACCAUCAUCUUCAUAACCCAGAACCACCAGGGUGGUGGGGGGCGCCGCGGGGUGAUCUUGGCGUGUGGUUUCAUUAAGUCCUUGGUCUUGAACCACUGUUGGCUGAUUCAGCUCUUCAGCCUGGCCUGCACCAUCAAAGGAUAUACCAAACCGGAGCAGCAGAGCAGUAAACAGUGUGAGUUGCCUAGCGACGAGGCCGGCAUCAUCUGGGACGGAGUGUGUUUCUGUUUCCUGUUGCUGCAGAGGAGAGUCUUCAGGAGUCAGUACUUCCUGUAUGUGGUGCUGGACCUCCAAAAUACACAAAUACUGGCUUCCAGGGGUGCGGAGCUCUUCGAGGCGUCCACAGUGAAAGCUGUCAGAGCGAGACUGGAGGUGGAGAAGAUGUCCAUGGACCUGCUGAAGAGACAGAUGGAGAGAAUUAAAUACAGACAGCAGAAGUUCCGCAGAGGAAAAGCUAAAAUGUUGAGUUUGACCCAAGACAGCUUCCACACUGAUGGUCCAGAAACCAAGAAGGGUCAGCAACGGAAAAAGUGGUGGAGACCCUGGGUAAACCACACCUCCAUGGUGAGGAGCGGUGACUACUACCUGUUUGAGACAGACAGUGAGGAAGAAGAGGAGGAGAAGAAGGAGGAAGAAGAGGAGAAGGAGGAGGAACUACCUGACAAAUCAGCCUUCCAGUUUGUUUAUCACGCCUGGAUAACAGACUCCAGAACAGCAAUGAGAGCUCGCAACAAUCAAAAGAAACUCUGGAAGAAAAACUCCUCUAAACGAAGGAGUAGGAAGGAGGAGAAGAGAGAAGCUGGAGUCAUAGAAGUGACGGAGGAGACAGAGGAGGAUGAAGAAGAGGAGGAGAAAGAGGAGGGACCAGACACGGUGUUGCGUCGGUUUUCCAACACGAUGCGGUUCUGUUGGGUUCUGCUGUCGGCUCUGCUGGACUCUCUGACUACCUGGCUCAGCAGUCUGUGUCAGGAACACAUCGACAUCUCCACGGUCCUCCGCAUUGAGCGCUGCAUGCUAACGCAGCAGGCUAAGCAGGGUAAUGUUCCCACCAGAGAGGCAAUCCACGUUUACUACCAAGAACAGAUGAUGAAAAGCUCCAGAGAGUCAGGCCUGAACUACAGUACCCAUGAGGCCGAGGGGCAGACCUCAGCGGAGAGUGGAAGGGAAGAGGAAGAGGCAAUGGAUUCUGACACUUGUGAAAUAGCAGAUAAGAAACCAGAGGCGGAACCAGGAAGAGAUUAUCCAGAUGAACAAGAACCAGUAUCGGGAGCAGAAGGUCCUGAUGAAACAGAAUCAGAACCUGUUUCAGUCAAACCAGUUACAGCAGAGGUAACCUCGGGGCCAGCAGAGGAAACAGAAGAAAUUUUGGGGGCAGCAGAGGAAAUAGAGGAAACAGAUACAACAAUAGCCGAAGGUGACCCAGCAGGUGACCACGAAGGUGAAUAUUGCCCAGAAUGCCUAGUGACUAAAACCAGCCAAAGAUGGCGACCCAAGCUGUCCAGGAUGGAGAGAGUUGAAUGUUGGUCCUCUUCAGAGGAAGAGAGUCAUUCUCACAGUGCUGAAGACUCAAACCAGCAACUUCCUGUUGACACACAGCCGACUCAGACCAGCACCUCCUCCGCCACCUCCCCGACCUCCCUUCUCCUCCCCCCCUCUUACAGCCUGGCUCUGGGCCUGGACCUACAGGAGGAGGAGAAUUCUGGGGAGGGAUUCAGGAGGCGGCUGCUGGCUCAGACACCGGGGGAGAGGAGUGAGUUCCUGUCUGACUCAGCCUCCACUUCCUGUCUGCUGCUUUCUCGCACUCAGGAGCUGACAGCCAGCGAGCUUCUAAGGAACAGGACUUUCCACAAUGUGGAGCUUGAGGCAUCAGACUGUUUCUAUGCCAACCAACACCAGCUGCUCCAGCUAUGCUACGCCCUCUACAACAUCAUCGCAGCCAGGUCGGAGACGGUGUGUUACCUGGUCAUCGUGUUGAACCACAUGGUGUCUGCCAGCUGUCUAACGUUGGUACUUCCUGUUCUGGUGUUUCUGUGGGCCACGCUGUCCGUCCCUCGACCCAGUAAGACCUUCUGGAUGACAGCCAUCAUCUAUACUGAGGUUACCAUCGUCAUCAAGUAUUUCUUCCAGUUUGGUUUCUUUCCAUUCAACCAAAAGCUGGAGGUGGACCGCUCCAAACCGUUCCACCCCCCGAACAUCCUGGGCGUGGAAAAGAAGGAAGGCUACGUCCUGUACGACCUGCUGCAGCUGCUCGCUUUGUUCUACCACCGGGCAAUACUAAAGUGCCAUGGACUGUGGGACCAGAAUGUUGCUACAGAGACAGAAGCUCUCCGUCACCACGACAACCAGGUUGACUCCACCCACCGCGCUACCUCCAUCGAUGUGGCAGACUCUGCCAACGUGGCAGACUCCGCCAGCACGCUGCGCCGGCGCGGCAGGAGACGGACGCGCUCCACCUCCACCCAGCGGCGCUCUCCUGCAGGCAGCGUGAGUUCCAGAUCUCAGCCACCCGGCAGGUUUGAUCUCCUGCUGGAGAAACUCAGAGAACUUUCCAUCAGAGCCAAGAAGUACUCCGUUAGCAGGUGCAUGUCUCUUUACCAUCCGGUCCUUCAGUUCUUCAGAGCUCUCGUCCAACCAGAAUACAGCGCCGUCACCGAUGUUUACGUCCUCAUGUUCCUAGCCGACACUGUUGACUUCAUCAUCAUCGUCUUCGGCUUCUGGGCUUUCGGAAAACACUCUGCAGCUGCUGACAUCACUUCCUCCCUCUCAGAAGACCAAGUUCCUGAAGCUUUCUUGGUGAUGGUUCUGAUCCAGUUUGGCACCAUGGUGAUAGACAGGGCUCUGUAUUUGAGGAAGACAGUUUUGGGGAAGUUGGUCUUCCAGGUGAUUUUGGUUUUUGGGAUUCACUUCUGGAUGUUCUUCAUCCUGCCGACGGUCACUGAGAGACGUUUCAAUCAGAACCUGGUGGCCCAGCUCUGGUAUUUUGUGAAGUGUGUGUACUUCGGUCUGUCAGCCUAUCAGAUCCGAUCUGGUUACCCGACUCGAGUUCUGGGAAACUUUCUGACCAAGAGCUACAACUACCUUAACCUCUUCCUGUUUCAGGGUUUCCGUCUGGUUCCCUUCCUGACGGAGCUCAGGGCAGUGAUGGACUGGGUCUGGACAGACACCACUCUGUCUCUGUCCUCCUGGAUCUGUGUGGAGGACGUCUACGCUCACUGCUUCGUCCUCAAGUGCUGGAGGGAGUCUGAGAAGAGGUACCCUCAGCCUCGCGGCCAGAAGAAGAAGCGUGUGGUGAAGUAUGGGAUGGGAGGUCUGAUCGUUCUGCUGCUGAUCUGUAUCGUUUGGUUUCCGCUGCUGUUCAUGUCCCUCAUUAAAUCUGUCGCCGGAGUGGUGAACAAACCGCUGGACGUCUCUCUGACCAUCACACUGGGAGGCUUCCAGCCGAUCUUCACGAUGAGCGCGCAGCAGAAUCAGCUGAAAGAUCUGACAGAGGAAGACUUCAGCUUCUUCACCAGCUCCUACAGCUACACUCCUAGUGCCUUGCAGUUCCUGGAGGCCUAUGGUCCAGAGGAUGUGACGAUGGCUGAGCUGCAGGGCAGCAGUAACUCUCUGUGGACGAUCAGUCCUCCCAGCAGGAAGUACCUGAGCCAGGUGCUGGACCUGGACCACUUCCCGCUGACGCUGUCCUGGACAGUUCAGAGAAACUUGAGUCUUGGGGCGAAGGCGGAGCUUGCAUCAGGUAAACAUGUGACAUACCUGGACAAUCAGACUCGCCUGGAGCUGAUCCAGCUGCUGAACGGAACCAGGACACGUCCUGUGGUCAUACAGGAAGUGUUUCCAUGUUUUAUUCGAGCUCCCAGUGACUCCAACGCUAAACCCAUCGAACAGCUUUACACAGAUGGCCGCUACAAGGACAUCCUGCUGGCCCUGGAGCGGUCGACCAAUCAAAGCCGAGAGAUCCAGGACUGGUGGAUCGUGGACCAACCGGAUGCCAGCCUGGUGCCUGUCGGGAGUGGAGCUUUGUUCAGUGACAGAAGGGAAGCGGGGCUUCAGCUGUUUGUGUUCAGUGAUAAAGUCAGUCCUCCGAGUCUCGGCUUCCUGGCUGGAUACGGCAUCAUGGGUCUUAAUGCCACGGUUUUGGUAUCGGAAGUUUCAGCGCCGAAGUUCAGCGGACUGAAGUCAUCUAUCAUGUUCGAGAGGCUGCCGGUGUCGACCGUGAGAUCCCUCAAACUCUCUGUGGUGGUCGUUCCUAUCCAUGUUUCCUGUGUGUCCUGA